GACAGUAUGAGACGGUAGUUUGCUAUGGACAUGGAUCGGUUCCCAAAGCAGUCCAAGUCUUUAUGAACCGGUCUAUCGGUUCAGCCUUCAAGAACCGCGAGGAUAACCGGCCCAAGAGAAACAACAAAUUGUGGUGAGCUUUUACUAUAAACCGAACGGUGCCGUCCGUCAGAUGUUAAAUGGACGGCGGAUAGAUCUCCAGAGUAAAUCUGAGGAAAUCGUUCCGGCCCCCCUACCACGACCCACGCGAUCCGUCCUCUCCCCCACCCCCUACACCUUUUUCUUCUUCCGCUCCUGCGAUCGGUUAUUUGAUUUUGUGUAUGAUAUCCAAAUUUCUUUUCUGGAGUGGUAUCCUAUUCUAAUUUCUUAGAUUGUUGUAUUGAACCAUCAGUUUUGGUUUAAGCGCAUGAUGGCGGAGAGUUUCGGGAGAUGGGAGUCAGAUCCCUUGUUUUCUGCUGCCGAAGUGGUGCAAGAUUCGGCCGAUAGUGAUCUAUGCUCUCCCGACCAUUAGGAUGAGGGUUGAAGGUUGAAAAUACUUUCUGGAUGGAAUCGGUAUUCCGAAUACUAUCGCAUGAACAGAAAUCUGCUCAAGGGGAUUCCUUGGAUGCUAAACUUCUUAGUUCAAUCGAGUAUCAUAAGAGGGAUCUUGUUACUUGUCUUGAAACAGCCAGAUGGCAGUUGGAGGACUUUGAGAGGGCAGUCACUUUAGCUGCAUUAUCUGAUACAUCAAAUUCAAGGGAAAAUGCAAUUUCCAAAUUCAGACAAUUUAUAAGAGCAAUAAGGGAACAAAUUAGUCAGGUCGAAAAAACUGUAAAAGAUUCUGCAAUGGAAGAUUUCAACGGGACAUCUCCAUCUAUGAACUUAAAUGAGCAUGAUAGAGAUGGGUUAGCAUUAUUUCUUUCAGGCGGUGAUCUUAGGGAAAAUCAGUUAUAUUAUGAUUCUAGUGGUAGCAUUAUGAAAAGGUUCCUUAAUUCCACAACAAAUGGUGUUGAAAUUGUUGAACUAAAAACUGAAGAAGUCUUGCCAACGAAUGGUCUGAAAUACCCAGAUCAUGGCUAUGAGAAAGCUGGGCCACAUCAUUCCAGCAGAGUUACAGAAGCACCAGCUAUUCUUGAGGACUCUUUUGGGGACAAAGGAUGUCAAGAAGCAUGCACCGCCUUUGGGUCUUUCAAUAUGAAAUUUGGUGAUUUUGCAGCAAAUUCUUAUGGAAUUAAUAGGACAAGGGGAUCCUUAUGGAUGCUCUUGAGGAAUUUUUGGCCUCCAAAUAAGAAUCGAAUGAGUUUCACAAAGAGAAGGAAGGAUGGAGAGGAUCCAGAUGACUUAAUAGUGGAUACUGAAAGAAAUAUUCCACACUCUGUCAUUGACGUACCUCCAUCUGGACAGGUACCAAAACAUGAGGGAAUGAUAAGCGCUUUGCAUCUUCAUGGUUUAAUAGGUUCUACUUGGAGGAGACUUCAAAGAUCUUUGUAUUUUAUUGUUUACCAUCAACGACCAGUUCAGUUGGCAUCAGCAGUACUGAUUGCGUUGGCAAUUUUAGCUUUUUUAUCGUUCUGCAUCAUAUGAGGAGUGCGCUUACUAUGCUCGUCUAUCCUUUUUCUCCUAUAUCUGGGAAAUUGAUCAUAUUACAGGCACAAGAAAUAGUUGUUCAUAAGUUGAUGAACAAGCAUGAGUUUGACGAUGGAUCGUGCUGGUCUUUGUCUCAGUGUUCACUGCAGUGCAUCAAAUCAAGAGAAUUCUGAUGAAGCCAGGAAGAUGCAAUGCUGAUGUUGCUGAUAUUUCUACCUAUUAUGUGCAGUUUUAGCAGCAGCCAGGAAAAUGGGAAGGUUGUCUUUUGAAAGCUUGCUUGUUAUUUAGUAUCAGAGAUUAAUUGUUUUAACCUCAUUCAAUAUUUCGAGUGCAGUUUAUUGCCACAGGAGCACUACUUUUUGACGAAAUACCAGUGAUCAGAGUUGGUUCAAGUUAACCCAAAUCAAA